CACAUGGUCGAAGCUGAUGUUCUGCUCCGUGGUGGCACAAGAAGGAGCGGAGAGCCCAUCCUGGCCCACCCGCCUGAGACCGACAGCGACAUCACGCUGCAGGAGUGGCUGGCAGAGAUGGCCAGCACCAACAAGGGCAUCAAGCUCGACUUCAAGAGCCUGGAGGCCGUUCAGCCUUCCCUGGAGCUGCUGGGGCAGGUGGAGCAGUGCCUGAGACGACCUGUGUGGCUCAACGCCGACAUCCUGCCAGGGCCGAAUGGCAGCUGUGCGGCACUGGACGCCACGGCCUUCCUCAGCACCGUCACCUCCUCCUUCCCGGACGUCACCUUGUCACUGGGAUGGACCACGGGGUGGCAACCCAACCAGCUCAAUGAAGGCUACUCGUGGCCAGCGGUACGGGCCAUGGCCGAGGUGUGCCACGUGCUGCCCCAGCCCGUGACAUUCCCGGUGCGAGCCACCCUG